GUAACCUAUUUAAAGAGCUCUGCAAACUCCUUCUCCCCCAAAAUCCCCCAAUUUCCGAUCAAAACCCUAAACCUCCAAUCCCUCCGAUCAAUGGCGGAAAUCGAGAUCCGUAAGGUCUGGGCGAGCAACCUCAUAUCGGAAUUCGGCCUAAUCAAAGGCUUCCUCGACCAAUUCCCGAUCAUCUCCAUGGACACCGAGUUCCCCGGCACCGUCUUCACCGUCAAAACCACCGCCCUCACCAAGCACCUCCUCUCCUCCCUCUCCGCCGCCGACACCUACGCCGUGAUGAAGCGCAACGUCGACGCCCUCCGCCUGAUCCAGCUCGGCCUCACCCUCUCCGACCCCGCCGGCGCCCUCCCCCUCCUCGCCGGCCGCCGCGUCGGCGCCUGGGAGUUCAAUUUCGCCGACUUCGACUCCGCCUCCGACCUCCACAACCCCGCCUCGCUCGCGCUCCUCCGCCGCCAGGGCAUCGACUUCGCCCAGAACCGCCUCGCCGGCAUCGACUCCCGCUCCUUCGCCGUCCUCUUCAAGCUCUCCGGCCUCCACCUCAACCGCCGCCUCGCCUGGGUGACGUUCCACGGCGCCUACGACCUGGGGUUCAUGGUGAAGAUCCUCACCGGCGGCCGCCUCCUCCCCAGCGCCCUCCCCGAGUUCGUGGAGCUCGUGGACUUGCACUUCGGCCCCAGGGUGUACGACGUGAAGCCCGUGGCCCGGGCCUGCGGCCUGCACGGGGGGCUCGAGGCCAUCGGGAAGAGGAUGGGCCUCGAGCGGGCCCUCGGGAGGAGCCACCAGGCCGGCUCCGAUAGCUUGCUCACAAUGCUGGUUUUUGUGGAAUUGAUGAAGAGAUUUGGGAAAGAGAAGCAGAUCAUGAAGGAUUUUAAUUAUGUGUUUUUUGGGUUAACUGAGACUCUGCUUCACUAUGAAGGUGUUCAUUGAAUUCAUCAAUGCUCUUGUUUCAAAGCAUGUUAAUGCUUGAAACUAUAAAAUUAUAAACAUAUUUUCUUUCAA